UUUAUCCUUUCGUUGAUUCUAGAAUGCUUCAGCUCUCUGUCUUUUCCUUUAUUCUUUUAUUGCUUCUCUUCUUGUUCUUUCUGAUUAGAGUGAUCUCUAGCAGUCAUGGAAGAAAAGGGUGCAAUCUUAAGCUGCCUCCCGGCCCAAAGAAGUUGCCACUUCUAGGGAAUCUGCAUCAGAUGUUUGGCGAACUACCGCACCAUCGCCUAACCGACUUAGCAAAAACCUACGGACCGGUUUUCUAUCUUCAACUUGGCGAGAUUCCCGUCAUAACAAUUUGCACUCCUGAAGCAGCCAAGGAGGUCCUCAAGACCCAAGAGCUCACUUUCGCCGACAGGCCGCCAUUCACAGCAGCUGAAAUGACUAGCUAUGUCGGCUCAAGCUUGUUCUUCUCCCCAUACGGAGAAUAUUGGAGGCAACUCCGCAAGAUAUGCGUUUUGGAGCUUCUGAGUGUCAAGCGCGUGCGGUCGUUCGCCUGGGUGCGAGAAGAGGAGGUGAGCAAUCUCGUCAAGUACAUCAAAUCCUCGUCAGGUCUCCCUCUCAAUCUCAGCGAGAAGAUCUUCGCCUGCGUGAAUUCCAUCAUUUGCAAGGCAGCUUUCGGCCAUAAGUGCAAACAGCAGGACGAGUUUAUCUCAUCGCUUCAGGAAUCCAUAAAGCUGGUAAGCGGGUUCGGCCUAGCCGAGCUUUUCCCUUCCCUGCGGUUUCUAUUUUACAUUAAUGGGAUGAAAUUUAAGUUGGAUAAGAUACAGCGAAAGUACGACGAAAUCUUGAAUAUUAUUCUUGCGGACCACAAAAUACAACGAGAACAAUGCUUAAAUAGGCCAGAAGAUACCUGGGGUGAGGAAGAUUUAGUCGAUGUGCUACAGCGUCUCCAAGAGUCCAACGAGAUCGGGUUUCAUCUUACCACGGACAAUAUCAAAGGCGUCAUCUUGGAUAUAAUCGCUGCGGGAAGCGAGACAUCAUCAACGGUGCUAAUAUGGGCCAUGUCAGAAAUGCUCAAGAACCCGAACGUGAUGGCCAAGGCGCAGGAUGAAACACGGCGGGUUUUGAAGGGAAAGGACGGCGUUCAAGAAUCCAACAUCGAAAAGCUCAGUUACCUGAAGUGUGUUAUCAAAGAAACUCUAAGAAUGCACCCGCCGGGAUCGUUAAUCCCUAGAGCACCAAGGGAAGAAUGCAAGAUCAACGGAUACGAUAUUCCUAGGAACUCGAGAGUCCUUAUCAAUGCAUAUGCUAUAGGAAGAGAUCCAAGAUAUUGGACAAAUCCGGAGAAAUUCGAGCCUGAGAGGUUUUUCGAAUCUUCAGUGGAUUAUAAGGGGUUGCACCAUCAAUUUCUCCCAUUUGGAUCUGGUCGGAGGAUCUGUCCGGGCAUUUCAUUCGCCACAGCCAGCGUCGAACUUAUACUAGCAUCACUGUUGUAUCAUUAUGAUUGGAAACUGGCAAAUGGGCAAACGCCGGAACAACUUGACAUGACUGAAGUUUUUGGUACUGCAGUUGGCAGAAAGGAUGAUUUAUAUGUAAUUGCUUCACCGUGUUCUUUGAUUUCAGCUUGAUAAAGAAGGCAUGUGGAAGACCGUCCUUCAUUGAAAAAUGUAUCAU